CCUCCUCCUCCGUGUGGUGUGAUCGCCAGUAACGCCCAGGAGCUUCGAGAGAAUUCCACACCAUUCCCCCCUACCACCACGCGGCGCAUCAUCACAAUACACAGCCUCUGCUUCCCCCGGCAACCCAACCGAUUCGCGCUCACGCCACCUGCAAUCCGCGACCAGACGCGCGGGCCGUUGAGAUCAACAAACACAUCGCACGCGACGCCGCGUGAGCCCGUACGAUCGCCCCCUCCCGCGCCGCGCCUCCGCACUCUGGUUGGUUGCCUCGCCGGCGAUGUCGACGCAGUCCAUCUCGCCCGCCGCGGCGGCCGCGUCCGCGCAGUACUCGUACCCGGCUGCCGCGGCGGCGGCGGUCCCGUCCUACUUCCCCGUCCCGUUCCACCUCCAGAACGUGCAGCAGCCCGCCACCUGGCCAGCGGCGCCCGCGGCGUACAACGCCGUCUACCCCAUGCCCCAAGUCCAGCAGGUUCAGCAACUGUUCCAGAAAGAUUCACAGAUAAUCACUCCUGAAGCUCUAGCUACUGUGAAAGCUGCUAUUGCAAAUAGUGAGAAAGACAAGAAGAUUGAAGCAAACAAAAAGGCAGUACCUCGAAAGGCAGCUGGGCAAUCUUGGGAGGAUCCAACUUUGGCUGACUGGCCCGAAAAUGAUUUUCGGUUGUUUUGUGGCGAUCUUGGAAACGAAGUGAACGAUGAUGUUCUUACAAAGGCAUUUUCAAAAUAUCCAUCCUUCAACAUGGCUAGGGUUAUUAGGGACAAAUGGACUGGUAAAACUAGGGGCUAUGCCUUUGUUAGUUUUGCUAAUGCGUCGGAUCUUGCUGCAGCAUUGAAAGAGAUGAAUGGUAAAUAUGUUGGAAACAGGCCAAUCAAACUACGCAAGAGCACAUGGAAGAACAGAAUCGACUACGAGGCAUUACAGAAGCCGAAGACUCAACCACAGAAGAAGUUCAAAGCGCAGAAAAAAAGCAUUCUACACAAGUGAAGUAAAUUCACUCUCUAGAGAGUGAUCCCUAGUGUCAUGUUGCACAUGAGUCCUUUGUUGCUCCUGCAAUAAACGACGUUAAAGCCUUCAGCGCCCGGCGGUGCGCUUGUCACGUUUGGCCUAGUGAUUGUUCUAGGGUAGUAUGGCUCGUCCCAAUUUGUAAUGGAAAUUUAGGUGUAAAUAUUCUAAUGACUGGUACCGUUGUGAACGGUACGAAGUUCUCUUAUGAUGAACUCCUGUAGCGUGGAGCAAUUCGAUUAUAAAUAUUUUCUUCGGAAAUGU